AGCCAUCCUGCACCUCACGACGAUGCGCCCCGUUCCUCGUACCGGGGCCCUCGGGACCACCUAACGUGCGCCGGCCGCACUGGGACCCAAAGAAACAUGCAGGGAUGCGGUAUCAAUGUGACCUCGGGCUUCUACAGGGAGCCUUCUAUCAUCACGCCGACGUGGUCCCGUGUCCCCUCUGAUGAAGACGGGUGAUAGAAGCACGCUUCGAGAUCCUAUAAAGCGCGCGUCGUCGCGUUCAUCUCCUCGAGCUCGCUCUCGCUUCCUCCGCAUCGCCAGCAACGAUGAUUAGCUCGUCGCGCGUCGCACUCGCGCUCCUCGCUGCAGCACCGCUUGCGCUCGGUGGCAAUGUCCAGGCUCCGGGCCUGAAGCUACCUGAAGAGUACUAUGCGCAGCGCGAGAUCGUGAAGGGGAUGUUCACCUCGAGCUACGAGGCGUACAAGAAGUACGCCUGGGGGCAUGACGACCUAACUCCGGUGUCCAAGAACUACACGGACAGUCGGAACGGAUGGGGCGCCUCCCUCGUCGACGCGAUGCCCACUAUGUACAUCAUGGGGCUCGAUGACCUCUUCCACGAGGCCAUCGACUACGUCAGCGGAGUCGACUUCAGCGAGUCGAAGACAGACGCCACCGUCAGCAUCUUCGAGAGCUCCAUCCGCUACGUUGCGGGCAUGCUCAGCGCGUAUCAGCUUAGCGGGGAGCAGGACGAUGUGCUCGUGGAGAAGGCGAAGCAGCUCGCGGACAAGCUCAUCUUGGGCUGGGUAGACGGUAAUGCGGUACCUUACGGCUAUGUGAACUUCACGAGUGGCAAGCCUGUGGUGGACACAACCAACAUCGCUGAGGCCGGCACCCUCACACUCGAGUACUACGAACUCUCGAAGUACACCGAGGACGACACCUACGGGAAGCUCGCCGAGGGAUCAGCGAAGCAAAUCAUGAACACCGCUCCGCCCCUCCCCGGCCUCCCCGCCCAAGGGUACGACCCAGCCAAGAAUGCGUUUGUUGGGGGUUACGUGACCUGGGGCGGCGGCUCGGACUCGUACCUCGAGUACCUCAUCAAGUAUGCCCGUCUGACGAACACGGAUGACGAUUCCUGGGCCGAUGCGUGGUAUACUGCCGUUGACAGCUCGAUCCAGCAUCUCUUGCGUCGCUCGACGGUCGGCGACUGGCUUUAUCUCGCCGACUACGACUCGUCGAAGAAGAUUCGCCACAUCAGCUCUCACCUUGCUUGCUUCCACGGUGGGAACUGGAUCCAGGGCGGACGGCUGAUAGAUAACGACACCAUCGUCAACUACGGCCUCGAGCUCGCAGACGCCUGCUGGAACACCUACGCCAGCACUGCCACCGGCAUCGGCCCCGAGGUCUUCGCCUUCAUCUCCGACGACGGCAACUACACGAGCGACAACGCCGUGAUCGACGACGACGAGCUCGCGUUCUACAACGAGCACGGCUUCUACAUCACGUCCGCGGACUACAUCCUGCGGCCGGAGGUCCUCGAAUCGCAGUUCAUCGCCUACCGCGCGACGGGGAACGAGAAGUACCUCGAGCGCGCGGCGGACGCGGUCGAGAGCAUGAACAAGUAUCUGUCCGUGAACGGCGCGUUCUCGGGCAUCGAGGACGUGGACGAUGAGCAGAGCAAGCGCAUAGACGAUACGGAGAGCUUUUGGUUCGCGGAAGUAUUGAAGUAUCUGUACUUGAUCUUCGACGACCCGGACCAUAUCAGCUUGGAUGAAUAUGUCCUUAACACGGAAGCCCAGCCCUUCAAGGCCCCGCCGGCCAAGGACAAGUACGGCUCCGGCCAGCUGCUCAGCAUGCAGGUCGAGUCGAGCGCCACGACUGGCAGCGAGCUCCCCAUCGUCAGCGCGAACGCCUUCAUGCCUAUCUCGAUCAACGAUGCUAUCGGUCUAGAUGGGGCGUAGACACCAUACUUGUGCUCGAACGGACGAGAGAGAGACAAUGGACGAGAGCGAACUAUGGACCUCCUCCUCACGUUCUCUUGUAGAUGCGGCUUUCCCUUAGCAUCCUCGACGAUGCCUCACUUUCUUGUAUCCUUCCUAUCCCUUUGCCUGCCUUCUUUCAGGACGCUGUAGUUAUCGAGCAACCAAUGCAUUGUACAAGCAAGCCUGUGUUCCCGUGAGACGGCGAGACACUUCUGCGGCGAAGGGCCAA